AUGGCCAGCGUCGUCGACGGCAAUGGAGGCAGCGGCGGGCUGGUGGUGACGGAGCUGGGCCACAUCAAGGAGUUGGUGACACAGCUGGAGGUGCACCUCGGCGGCUCCUCGCCCGACCUCUGCAAGCAACUCGCCUCGCAGAUCUCCUCCAUCACCGAGCGCUCCAUCAGCCUGCUCAUCACCACCUCCACCCUCGACGGCGCGCGGAAGCGGUCGGCGGCGGCGGCCAGCCCGCUCAGCGACGCCUCCGACGCGCCCUUCGUCAAGGCCACCAAGAAAAGGAAGACGAAGAACAAGGAGAGGCAUGAGGUGAGGGUGAGCACGGCCGGAGGAGACGGCGACCACCCGGCUGACGACUGCCACAGCUGGAGGAAGUACGGCCAGAAGGAGAUCCUUGGAGCCAAGCACCCAAGGGGCUACUACCGCUGCACGCACCGGCACUCCCAGGGAUGUGCGGCGACGAAGCAAGUGCAGCGCACCGACGAGGAUCCGACCUUCUUUGAUGUUGUCUACCUCGGCGAACACACCUGCGUUCAGAGCCAGAGGGCGUCUGCGGCGGCGGGUCAGGCUGCCGCGGACGCGCAGGCGCCGGAGUAUAAAUACAACGCCAACCCGGGAGCCAGCAGCCUCCUGCAGAGCCUGACCUCCAGCCUGACGGUGAAGGCCGAGGGGCCGGCCGUGGAGCCAGAACAGCAGCUGCUGCAGGGCUGGGACGCGCCCGCGCCCUUCUGCUUCUCCUCCACGCCGGCGACGGCGAGCGGGUGCCUUGUACCGGAGCGCAGCCCCUUCUCCGCGCCGUCGACAUCCGACAACUGGGGCGUGUCCCCGGCAACCUCGGACUCCAAUCGCGUCGUCUCUUUCCCGCCUUUCGAGGUCACCUUGUACCGGAGCAGCAGCUGCGGCGACGAUGUGCAGUUCGGGUUCGAGGAAGUCAUGUCAGCGCUCGACAGACCCGACGGGUUUCUCGACGACCUCGACAUCGACAUCUCAAGCUUCUUCGCGUGA